AAAACACGGCAGAACAUUUAAAGUCGGCUCGCAUCCAUUGAAAACCCGUGAAACUGAAUCUGGAGUAAACCCGGAGCAGCUUCUCGAACCAGAUCUGACUUCAUCGCCUUCAGUCUGUUUCAUUGACUCGGAAGGAAUCAUGGUUUUCCACAAGGAGUUCCAGAAUGCAGGUAAGGAGCCUGGUCUGCAGAUUUGGAGGAUAGAGAAGAUGGACCUGAAACCGGUCCCCAAACAACUCCAAGGAAACUUCUUCACCGGAGAUGCCUAUGUUGUCCUUCACACCACUCCUGCUCCAUCCUAUAGUGUCCACAUGUGGCUGGGUAAUGAGUGUUCUCAGGAUGAAAGUGGAGCUGCUGCCAUCUUUGCUAUGCAGCUGGAUGAUCAUCUGGGCGGAGCACCUGUCCAGUACCGGGAGGUUCAGAACAACGAGUCUGUCACCUUUCUUGGCUACUUUAAAACUGGAAUUAAAUACAAGCAAGGUGGGGUGUCAUCUGGGUUUAAUCAUGUGGUGACCAAUGAAAUGAACACCAAGCGUGUGCUUCACAUUAAAGGACGGCGUGCCAUUCGUGCCACUGAGGUGAACAUGUCCUGGGCCAGCUUCAACCAUGGAGACUGCUUCAUCCUUGAUCUUGGCAAGGACAUCUAUCAAUGGUGUGGGAGUGAGUGCAACCGUUUUGAGCGCAUAAAAGCCUCUGAGGUGUCCAUUGGCAUUCGUGAUAAUGAAAGAAAUGGACGUGCCAUUCUGCACAUUGUUGAGGAUGGGUCUGAACCAGACGUUUUCAGUAAUUCUCUUGGACCCAAGCCCAGCAUCCCAGCAGGAAGUCCUGACGAUGAGACCACUGACAGAAGUAAUCAGAAAAAGGCCUCACUCUACAUGGUAUCUGACGCCGCAGGCUCAAUGAAGACAUCUAACGUGGCCCAGAACAGCCCUUUCAAACAGGAGAUGCUCAAUCCCUCCGAGUGCUACAUUUUGGACAAUGGACUGGACAGCAAGAUCUUUGUUUGGAAAGGACCGAGUGCAAAUAUUGAAGAACGUAAAUCAGCCAUGAAGGUAGCUGAACAGUUUAUCAAAGAGAAGAACUACCCCAAAAACACACAGAUCCAGGUUAUGCCAGGUGGAGGUGAGACUACACUGUUUAAACAGUUCUUCAGUAACUGGAAGGAUAAGGAUCAAUCCACAGGUCCAGGCCAAGCCUACAGCAUUGGGCGCAUUGCUCGUGUUUCACAGGUUCCCUUUGACGCCACCAGUCUGCACUCCAACAAAGUAAUGGCCGCCCAGCACGGCAUGGUGGAUGAUGGCUCUGGCAAGGUCCAGGUGUGGCGUGUAGAGGGUGGCGACCGAGUUCCUGUGGACCCGUCCAGCUACGGCCAGUUUUUUGGAGGAGACUGUUACCUGAUUCUCUACACCUACCUCCAUGGAGGCAGAGAGUCGCACAUUAUCUACACCUGGCAAGGACUGAAGUGUACACAAGAUGAGCUGGCUGCUUCUGCUUUUCUAACAGUCAAGCUGGAUGAUUCCAUGGGAGGCUCACCUGUCCAGGUACGUGUCACUCAAGGCCAGGAACCAGCCCAUUUGAUGAGUCUGUUCAAGGGGAAGCCCAUGAUCAUCCACCUGGGUGGGACUUCGCGUAAAGGUGGUCAGAGUAGAGUUGGCACUACCCGCCUCUUCCACAUCCGCCAGAGCUCCACACGUGCAACACGUGCUGUGGAGGUGGAACCAUCUGCAUCUAAACUGAACACUAAUGAUGUGUUUGUGCUGAAGUUUCCUGAAGGCAUGUUUCUGUGGAAAGGAGUUGGUGCUUCAGAGGAAGAAAUCGCUGCUGCAAAAUAUGUUUGCAGCUUCCUAGGAGGCAGUGCCACGGAAAUUUCAGAGGGCAAAGAGCCGGCUGCCUUUUGGUCUUCUUUGGGUGGGAAGAAGGAUUAUCAGACCUCCAAAAAUCUGCAGAAGACAGUUAAGCCUCCUCGCCUCUUUGGCUGCUCCAACAAGACUGGACGUCUAAUUGCCGAGGAAGUGCCUGGAGAUUUCACCCAGUCUGAUUUGGCCACUGAUGAUGUCAUGCUUCUGGAUACCUGGGAUCAGAUCGUUCUUUGGAUUGGUAAUGAAGCCAAUGAGGUAGAAAGGAGUGGAUCUGCUAAAAUUGCCAAAGAAUAUGUGGACUCUGAUCCUUCUGGCCGGCGAGGAACCCCAGUCAUCAUCAUAAAACAAGGAUUUGAGCCCCCAAGCUUCACUGGCUGGUUCCAGGCUUGGGACUCGAAGAUGUGGGACACAGACCCACUGGAUCGCAUCCGUGCUCGUUUCUAAAAUAACAUACAUUUAAAUACACUUGCCAUUAUAUACUUUUGUUUUGCAAAGCUUCCAGAAUAAUCACCUCUUAUGUUUCAUGCAUUGGUGGUCUGAAAGGGAUGCAGACGGAAACACAAUAUGCAAUAAUACUGCAUGUUAAACCACUAUGUACUGUAUUGUACUACUAUUAAUAACUUCUUGCCUUGUUUCUAUGCCCUGACUUUGCCUAGUUAUACAUUUAA